GGAGAAGCACAGCGUGCAUGCAGUACAGAGUUGGCUUUGAAGUCAUUACAGUGUCGACUACAGGAGACCCUGGGCCCUCUGGUUUCCAGAAAAAGAGCAGCGGUGACUACAGGUGUGGUUUCUGCUACAUGGAACUGGAGAAUAUCCCGGCUGGUGUCUAUAACAUUAUAACUACUACAUUUCUGCCUGCCCAGGAGGGACCCUUCUUUUUAGACUUCAACACCGCAUUAGCCAUUAAGGUGACCCAACUCCAGUGACCCGGGAAUUAAAAUCCGUUCUUCCAAGUGACAAAGAUUUGCAAGCAGAUUCCCAGUUCAAAGAGGCAUGAAAGAUCCUGCAUUUCCCUGAUGUGACAUUGUGCAUCUCCAGUACGGCUCACAGUCUUGUACAAUCAGAAUCUUCAAGGGAGUUGGGUACCACAGACAGCCCAAAUGUAACUUGUACUUGAAUCUUGUUUCAAAGGAUAGUGCUAUAAAACAUAUUUUUUCAA